AUGGCAAGUUUUUGGAUAUUCGUUGCGAUCGUGAGCUGUCUGGUCGGUGGGCUGCAGUCUCAAACCGACUACUGUGCCACUAGCUACUGUAAGAACAGUCUUAUCAACAUCGGAUGCAACCCCCCUGCCAGCCCGGGCGGUGCCGGUUGCGUGGGGCUUAGCCCCGUCGUCAUAACGCUCAACUCCACGAUACAGUCGUUGAUCCUGGCCGAGCACAACUCGCGCCGCUCGCAGCUGGCCCUGGGUCAGCUGGCACCGUUUCUGCCGGCAGUUCGCAUGCCCACCCUUAGCUGGGACACGGAACUUGCCAAGCAAGCGGGCAACAAUGCGCGCAACUGUACGUACAAGCACGAUAGCUGCCGCAAUACUGCCGUCUAUGCGUAUGCUGGUCAGAAUCUUGCGCUAACGCAGUUCUACGGCAUGACCAUGACGAUUGCGCAGCUGGUGACUAGUGGUAUCAGUUCCUGGUGGAGUGAGUACAACGUUACUACGCUCGAUCAAAUCAAGGGUUAUCCAUCGAAUUAUGUGGGAUCUCCAAUCGGACACUUUACGCAGAUGGCAAGUGAUCAGACCAGCAAGAUUGGAUGUGCCAUGCAGAAUUGGUUGAGCGGCACGUGGAAAACGUACUACUUUGUGUGCAACUACGCCGUCACAAACAUCGUCUCCCGUCCGGUCUACAAGACGGGAGCGGUCGGUUUAAACUGUACUACCGGGCGCAAUCCCACCUAUACCGGGCUGUGCUCUCCGUCAGAAAUUGUUAAACCAGUUCCGAACUAAAGUAUUACUGCUGUAAUAAGGUGUUAAAGCGAAAUAAAAUGUUUUGCAAAACGUUUUCAAUUUAUGAAAACCAAUGUUCAAUGAUA